AUGCUGUUUAAUGGGAGGAAUUUCAUCAGCAUUGCAAAACUGGCAGGGACCAGCAAGCAGCUGCUGAGGCAGUUUUGUACAGCCAAUUGGGAAAUUUAUUCAGUUAAGAGAGAUAAUGGAAAAACAAGUUUGGAAAACAACCACAGGUAUGGGACUCCAGCUCAAAUGAAUGUUCAUCUGAAAGGUCGGGACCUCCUCACUCUACAGAACUACACAGCUGAUGAGCUGAAGUAUUUGCUGUGGAUGGCAUCAGAUUUGAAACAAAGGAUAAAGCACAAAGGAGAGUAUUUGCCUUUGAUGCAAGGCAAAUCUUUGGCCAUGAUUUUUGAGAAGAGAAGCACAAGAACAAGAUUAUCUGCAGAAACAGGAUUUGCUCUCCUUGGAGGACAUCCUUCCUUCCUUACAACACAAGAUAUACAUCUGGGCACUAAUGAGAGUCUCACAGAUACAGCAAGGGUGCUGUCCAGCAUGACAAAUGCAAUCUUGGCUCGAGUUUAUAACCAUAAUGAUCUGGACCUAAUGGCAAAAGAAGCCACGAUCCCAAUAAUCAAUGGAUUGUCUGAUUUAUACCAUCCUCUUCAGAUUUUAGCUGAUUACCUAACUCUUCAGGAGCACUAUGGAGGGCUGAAGGGGCUCACCAUGGCCUGGAUUGGUGAUGGCAACAACGUCCUGCAGUCCCUCAUGGCCAGUGCAGCCAAGCUGGGGGUGCACCUGAGGAUUGCCACUCCCAGGGGCUUUGAACCAGACCUCAGGAUAACUAAAAUGACUGAACAGAACUCCAAAGAGUAUGGCACCAAGUUCCUUCUCACAACAGACCCUUUGGAAGCUGCAGACAGUGCCAAUGUCUUAGUCACAGACACAUGGAUAAGCAUGGGACAAGAAGAGGAGAAGAAAGAAAGACUGAAGGCCUUUCAAGGUUAUCAGAUUACAAUGCAGACUGCAAAAUCUGCUGCUUCCAACUGGACUUUUUUGCAUUGUUUACCCAGAAAACCUGAAGAAGUUGAUGAUGAAGUGUUUUAUUCUCCACAAUCAUUGGUUUUCCAGGAGGCUGAAAACAGAAAAUGGACAAUUAUGGCUGUCAUGGUUUCCCUGCUGACUGAUUACUCACCACAGCUACAAAAACCCACAUUUUAA